GCGGUUGGCAUGCACACAUGUGCAAGCUUUCUUUAUGCUCCACAUGUGCGUCAAUGCCUGCUAUUAUUUGGGCUCGCGCUCGCGGGGGUGCACAUUGUUUUUUUUUCUGCACAAUCGUUUCUCUUUUAGUCUAAUAAUGUUAAUGUUCCUGCAGCAGCUCUGAUGGAGCGCUUGCGUAACCGCAGUCUGUGCCCACUGGAUGUUGCUGGACGGCCAUCCGACAGAGCGCCGUCCUCCCUCCUCUCUCACUCUCCACGCCCACAUCCUCCAUCCCGGGCCUGCUAUAGGUUCGCUACCAAGGUCCCAACAGCGCGCACCGAAAUGCCCAGCAAGAGGAAGAAGAACAAGCGCCGCAUGAGGAGGGUGCAGGUUCAAAGGAGGGAACUCGAGGAGCAGCAUGCAACCAACUUACCAAUCAAAUCUAGCACAGGGAUGGUCGUGGCGGCACCUCCUGCAACAACCCCCAAGAAAGCGCCUAAAAGCGCAGCUCUACCUCCAGAACAGAUUCCACUCAUCAUUCCAGUUACUGCCCCCACCAAAGUGGAGCCAAAACCUGUCGAGAUACAGCCUGUAGAAAAGCUUCUUUCAGAAGACAAUCGCUCACCAGAUCCUGACGUUGGGCUGGUGGAGCACAUCUCUGCAGGAGCUGAAGAUCAUGUAGACGUCGAGCUGGAAGCCCCAACGUUUGCUCCUGAAGCAGCACCAGCUCCAGAACCUCUACCAGCAGAUGAGACUGAUUUUGUUCAUAAGGCUGAACUCGUUCUGGAGACGGAACCAGCAACGGAGAUUCAGCCAGAGGGGAAAGCUGAGCCUGAACCAACGCAUCCCGUCUUUGAUCUGGAGUCUGAGGUGAAGGCAGAGAACCAGCCUGAGGAAGACUCUGCUGCUGCUGAGGAAGACGUCAGCGCACCGACUCCUGUGCAGGAAGCCGCUGCAGAACCAGUGGAGCCAGAACUUCCGAGCGAUCAAGUCUCUGUGGAAGUAGAACCUGCUGCAGACGACCUGGUACCAGAACCUGCUGCUGGAUGUGAUGCAGAAGCUGCUGCGGAGAUUUCAGAUCGAAGCGCAGAGGAAGUCGCUCCCAGAGAGCAGGAAGAGCAGGAAGAACAUGCAGCUGCGAUUCCUGCUGCGCCGCUUUCACCUGAACAGGAUUCACUUGUUGAGAUUGAGGAGAUCCCAGUGGUUUUAGAGAAAACCUCAGAGGGAGAAGAAACUCCUGAAACUGAGAAUGAGAAGGCAGCCGAUGGGUUGUUAUCCUCGGAUGUUGUAGACACAGAAACAAACCUGACAGUAGAGGCUGUUGCUUUCCAGCAGGUGAGAAAAAUAAAUUCACAAUUCAUCUCCAACAUUUUUUUUGAGAAAUCAAAACUAAUUUUUUUAAAUGCAUUUUUUUGUUUGCUUCAGGAAACUCUGACGGACGGCGACACGUCGGGCGGUCAGACGGAGUCCGUGGUCCUCGCUGAUCUGGAUCCCUCAGAGAAUCCUGCACCCUCUGAUUCAGCUGCGGAGCAGAAGCAUGCGGCUGCGCAGUCGGACAAUCCUAAAGCAGAAAGCUGCGACUUGCCGUGUCAGAUGCAGCUCCCUGUGGAGUCGGUGCCACUCAGUACCGAGGAGAUCUCAGUGGAAACAGCUCUGAAUGGACACAUUGUUCCAGAAGUUUCUAUUGAGGGUUAGAAGCACUUCACACAACCCAGAAGACCUUUUUUUCUGCGUUCCUCUCCGGCCGUUCGGAGGCUUUACGAGGAGUCAGCCGGCCGACCUUUUUCAAUUUUUUAAGGCUUAGGACAGAGCAGCCAGGAAAUCGAAGGACCAUCCACGCUUUGAAGUGCCUUUCCUGUCCUGCAUUCUGUGAAAACAGCAAUCCAGAUGUUGAGAUGUAGAAAGAGGGAAAAAAAGAGACUAUUAGAAACAGACAUUUAUGGAUGAAUUUGUUUUUUAAAUCUGUGCUUUUGCCCCACAAACCAAAUUUUAUCUGUGUCAGCAGUUGGAGCAUUUGUGGAUUGUUUUUAUUGUGUUACAUCUGCCUCAACACUGCAUACACUUAAAGACCCACUCCUAACAUCUUUUGAAUUAUUGAUAAAGCUUUUUGAAUUAGGAAUAUUCCGUUUUUAAAUAUUUUUUAUUUUAUUUUUAUUUUUGCUAGGACAUAGUUUCUGCAGAGUGCCAGGAGUCUCCUUACAUCCCCAGCCUAACAAUACUGGUGCAACAAAAAUAUUGGAGCUAUCCAGUCGUACAAUUUUGAUCCAGAUUCCAGCUCAGAUGAUUAAAA